CUAAUCACAGUUUUGCUGAUCGCACUUCAAAUUUACGUCAUUGUCUUUUAAAUUGAUUGAUUUAUAUCUUGCAUUUAUAUACCAUAGGCUGUUGAGGCUCUUCGUCGAUGAAGAGCAGAUUCUUCAAAAUGAAGUCCUUCGCUUUUAUCUUGCUUUGCUCCAUAUUUGCGGCGUCGACGGCUUAUGUUGAUUACUCUGGACACAAAGUUUUAACAGUUACACCAAAAUCAGAGAAACACUUGGAAUUAUUGCACCAGUUUCGAGAACAACAUUCAGUGGACUUAUGGAACGAACCAAGUUUCGUGGAUGCACCUGUAAUGGUACGCCUGCGACCCGAAUUGAUUGAGCCAGUAGAAAAAACUUUGAAAGAGCAUGGCUUAGAAUAUGACGUGGCGUUCUCUAAUUUGCAAAGGUAA